GGCUAAAUCUGAAGCUGCACAGCAGAGCUCCCAGCAUAGGCUCCAGUUUCCAGAAGGUCAGGCUCUAGCGUCAUCUGGGCCCAAAGCGAAGGUGCCCUGCCCUUGGCAACCAGGCCUCUCUCUGCAGGGAGAAUUAUUUUUCAAGCACUUUGAGAAUUUUCAGAGCAUUGACAGCUUGCAGAUUUCCAUGGGGAGAGAAGUCCCUCCUGGGAGAAGCUGGCUGGCUCUGUCCUUGAGGCUAGGUGCAUUGCCCUUCCGCCUCGGUAACAGUCACCUGUGCCCUCCUGCUCUGUGCUCGGCAACAUUGUGAGGCCACCGCUUUAUUUCUUCUGUCUUGCUCCUUCUAACUGCCACCUGGACCACAUUCCACAAUCCCCCGGGGCCUCCGAGGCGCCAGGGGGCGCUGUGGUGCAGGGCCCGGGCUUCCCGAGCUCUCAGGGGCGCAGUCUCGCGUCCCAACGCGAUGGGCUCCGAGGCGGCGCAAUUGCUGGAGGCUGCAGAUUUCGCGGCUCGGAAGCACCGUGCGCAGCGGCGAAAGGACCCCGAAGGGACCCCCUACAUCAACCACCCUAUCGGUGUGGCUCGGAUCCUGACCCACGAGGCGGGCAUCACUGACAUUGCGGUGUUGCAGGUGCGGCGCCUGGUGGAGGAGGUAACCGAUGACAAGACUCUGCCCAAGCUGGAGAGGAAGAGGCUGCAGGUGCAGCAGGCUCCCCACAGCAGCCCGGGGGCUAAACUGGUGAAGCUGGCGGACAAGCUGUACAAUCUGAGGGACCUGAACCGCUGCACCCCAGAGGGGCAGAAAUACAGUACUAUAGCGCGGCCAAGGGGAAGUUUUCAGGACAAAUCAGACCAUCAAGAAGUCAUCUCCUGGUCCUGCACCAGACCCUCCGGGAAGUUGGCAGAACCCAGUGCUGUCCUGCAGGUCGUGUGAGCCAUUUUCUGUCCAUUCACACGCAGGGUGGUCCGAACAUCGAGUCCAGGAAUACUUUGAGUGGGCAGCGCAGGUGGUGAAGGGCCUUCAGGGAACAAACCGGCAGCUGGAAGAGGCUCUGCAGCAGCUGUUUAAGGAGCGGGGGUUGGUGCUCUGAGCAGUACUUGG